AUGUUGCAAAGAACCACACAAUCGUUGGCAUGGAUGAUGAAGAGAAGAUCAGCCGCCAGUCUGAGAUCAGAGUUAUCCUUCUCCUCUACGUUGGGAUCCCAAUCCCGUCGAGUCUUUGGGAAGAGAUUGGAUCAUGCCAAUCAGAGAAGAGAGUUUUCAUGGAGUACUUGGCUUGGUAGUUUUGGGCGAAGCGCAAACCCAACAGUUGCCAACAACCUCACCUCUGCAACAACUGGAACGACAGCCACUACAACGACCAUCCAAGUAGCCUCUCCUGUGGUCAAAGAGAAUGUGGUAGCAACCAACGAGCCCACCACGAACCAAGUUCUCUCAGAUGCCAGCUCGCAAGAUGACACCUUUAAUGGACUACAAUUCAUUCACGAGACUGCGGAUUAUGAGUAUCGUGCUCCAUUGACUUUUGGUGAGGAACACGAGAUGUUUCUGGGGGGUCAUCUGCCAAAUCAAGCUCCUCAUAUUCAUAUCAUUCAGGAUUUCCUUCAGUACAUGCAUGAUACAAUCGGUCUUCCAUGGUAUGGUGCUAUUAUGGCAUGUACCAUUGUGUUUCGUUUGUUGGUUCUUCCGCUGAACAUUUCGUUGAUCAGAAAUAGUGCACGAUUGGACACUGUUCGCAUUCAUUUGAAUGAACAAGCUCAAAUCAUGUCAGAUUCUCAUGCCACUGAAGAGGAUAAGUUGAAGGCUGCAGAGGAGUUUCAAAAGACACUCAAAGAGAAGAAGUGUCAUCCAGCUUUCAACAUUCUUUCUCCACUUGUAAUGGCACCAAUGUUUUUAUCGGUGUUCUUGAGUGUGGAGAGAAUUUGUUUGCAUGACCCUGGUUGUAGAGGAUCAGGAGGAAUUAUGUGGUUCCAAGAUUUGAGUGCCAUUGAUCCAACCAUGACUCUUCCUGUCAUCAGUGCUGUCACUUGGCUCAUUACCGUAGAAAUGGGAGCUGCAGAACCAAGAACGGAAACAAUGAGACAAGUAAGAAGCGUCAUGCGUUUUGUCACAGCCGUCAUGGUUCCCAUUACUGGUGCAUUACCAUCUGGAGUGUUUGUAUAUUGGAUUACCUCCAAUGUCUUCUCCAUGAUUCAGAUUUAUACCAUGAGAUUACCAGCAGUGAGAAAGUUUUUCAACAUUCCAACCAAAGAUGUUUCGAACAAAUAUAUUCAACAUAAUAGAGAUAUUUCCAUGUAA